CGAGAGAGGGCCAAAAAACAAAAUGGCGACACGCAGUGACUAAUUUUUCCACCCGAGAAAAAACCUUCAAGAGUCACUCAAAAGCAGCUAAUUCUACACUCCGAUAUCCAAAUCUCACGACUUGCAUCAUACAUCGAUUGUUGGCCGAUUUUUAUCAAGAUUUGUUCCAUGAAUGAUGGCAGAUGGUCGUAAAUUCGAGCCCCACUGCUGGCAAGAAGUGACCAUCGACUCUGGCCCAUAUGAAACGGUGCACCGCUGGAGACAGAUGCCCGAGUGCGACGAGUUUGUUGGUGCAAGGAGGAGCAAGCACACCGUUGUGGCAUACAACGAUGCUGUCUAUGUAUUUGGAGGAGAUAAUGGGAGGAAAAACAUGCUGAAUGACGUGCUGAGGUUUGACGUCAAUGAUAGCUCAUGGGGAAGGGCAUUUACCACUGGAAGUCCACCAGCACCGAGGUAUCACCAUUCUGCAGUCGUUCACAAUGGCAGUAUGUUCAUUUUCGGAGGCUAUACCGGAGAUAUCUAUUCCAACUCCAAUCUCCGCAACAAGAAUGACCUCUUUGAAUACAAGCUCUCCAAUGGACAGUGGAUAGAGAGGAAAUUUGAGGGCAGGUUACCCCCAGCUAGAUCAGCACAUGGAGCAGCAGUAUGGCAAGAUAAGCUCUGGAUAUUUGCUGGAUAUGAUGGAAAUGCCAGAUUGAAUGACAUGUGGUGUGUAUCUCUCAAUGGAGACAGCAAGUCUUGGGAAGAGGUAAGAAUCUUAUUUGUGUCCACAGAGUAUCUACAUGUGACAUACACUGUAUACAGUCAAACCUGCUUUACGACACGGUUAGAAACCACCCAUGUUGAGUUCUCCAGGGGCAAGAUCACUCCAUCACUCAACAAGACACAUCUCUGA